AUGGAAAGGUUUGCCAGCAAAAAUGACGUCGAUAUCGAGUCAAUGCUGGCAGACAAGGACUCAAAGUCAACAAAAAAGGCAACUAAACAAGCUGUGAAAAUACUAAGAGAAUAUUGUGCCGAAAAAGAACUUCCUACGGAGUUUGAAAAUAUAAACAAAGUAGAACUUGACAACCUACUCAGACAUUUUUAUGCUAAUGCAAGAAAAAAAGACGGAACACU